CUCCUGGCAGCAGUCCGGGCUUCCUUUUUUAAUUUCUUCUCUUCCCUUCCAUAAUACUCAACAUAACGAAGUCGCAACCCGUUCCCAACCCGGAAUCCCACCCAAUAUGUCGUCGGCAAACCUCCCGAUCAUUGUCAUUGUUCCAGGUGCAUUUGGCACACCUGAAGGCUUCGAUAAACUGCUACCGUAUCUGACCGAAGCUGGAUACACCACACAUCCAGGGUCAUACCCCAGUUGCAACCCCUCCGAUCCGACCCAAGUGUCCUCUUCCCAGGAUAUCGCGCACCUGCGUAACAAUGUACUCCUCCCUCUUUUGAAUCAGAAUGGAAGAGAUGUUGUCAUCAUCGCACACUCAUACGGGGGUGUUGUUGCCGGUGGCGCAGCAAAAGAACUUGCAAAGGAAACCAGAGUAGCCCAAGGUCAAUCGACUGGCGUUGUUGGCCUUAUUUACGUGGUGGGCAAUAUCACGCUUGAGGGGGAAUCCCUCUUCCAGGCGGUAGGCGGCGCUUACCCUCCUUUCAUCAAAGUCGAUAAGCCAUCCCAGGGCCUUGCUGUCAUCGAACCGGCAAUGGACGUGCUGUACAAUGACUGCGACCGUGCCCUGCAGCCGGAAUUAGAUACGCUAAUGCAGCCACAUGCACUCCGCGCUUUUGAAACUCCCGCCACCGCCCCGGCCUGGGCGGAGAGUGCAUUCGAUGGUAGAAGGGCGUAUGUACGUACCCUGGAUGACUGUUGCAACCCUGCAUUGUUGCAGGACAUAUGGCUGGAGAAGUCCAAGGUUGAAUGGGAAGUUGUGGAUUUUAAGACCGGCCACAUGCCAUUCGUGAGCCAACCUCAGGCGCUGGCAGAACAAAUUACCAAUUUUAUCGAUGGUUUUAUUGCGAAGUAGAUAGAUCAAUACGGAGUCCAAAGCAUGGUGUAGAACUCCCAAUACACACCAUUCGAUUUGGCUUGAUUUAUCUAUCAUUAGCCACUGACAUCAUCGCAAUGUAAUACAGGCUGGUCAACCCCAAAGGUCUAUUGGCAACAAUAGCGGUGGUGGUGACAGUAGUGACAUUGCGGUAUAAGGUCAAAUGUCUCGGGACACUCAGUUACCGGAAAUUCUAACAGUGCUAGCUCGCAGAAGAUUUAAGCUACUGAUACAUGAUAUCUAAAUAUAUAUAGACCGAUGAUAUAUUCUUU